UGAUAUCCUUUCAACCAACCGUCGCCUGUAACAAAUAAAACCCCCAAUAUCUGAGUGGUGUGUCCUGUUCCCAAGAUGGCUGCGCCCUACGCAAAAAAUCGCGGAAGCAAGCGAAAAGGGAAGAAAUCGAAGUCUGCAAGCAUGAAGGAUCUGUUCAGCAAUGUAGAAGCAGACUACCCAGUUCCUCGGCGGACCAAAGGAACAGCCAUCCUGGAACAUGGUGCAUGGAAGCCUGUCAGGGUUGACCAAUCGCUUUGCUCAUCAGAUGAUCUCUCCGGGUUUGUUGGGUUGGAAGAAUUGACAGAUUAUGAGCUCUGUCAAGAGGGAAAGCAAAAACAGCAAAAAACUACAAAGAAACAAAAGAAGAAAGGUCAAGAACAGAAGUCCAAAGGCCACGAUGAAGAAAACUUGGAGGGAGAUACAACCAAGCCCAAGAAGGAGAUGAAAGUGCUUGGCAUAGAAGAAAAGAAUGCCAAACUCAAGAUCCAAAAGCCAGCAAAGAAACUGAAAAGAAAAGCUCAGGUAGAUGAGGAGGGAGAAGCACUAAAGAUGAGCAGCAGCCAAUCAGAUGAAGGAUCAGAGGACAACACUAACAUUAACAAAGAGGUCACUGAACCUUUGAAGAAGAAGCAAAGGACGGAGUUGUCUUCACAGAAGGAUGGAGACUGUAAAGAUGAAAGUGUUGAUGAACCUGGAACAGAUGCUGCAACAGAAGGUGUGACAAAGAAGUCACGGAAGGAAAGGAGAAAUGAAAGAAGGAAACAGAGACUAGAAUCGCUUAAAAGACAGAGAGAAGAAAAGAGAGAAAGGAAGAAGCAAGAAAGGAAGAUGCCACUUGCACAAGGCCAUAGCUGUAAGCCUCAGUCUGUAGCCAAGAAAAGCGUGGAUGCAGACAUGACCCCCUGGACUCCGCUGUUUGUCCCUGAUGUGGUGUUGAGAGGUUUGGCUGACCAAGGCUUUACACAGCCGACACCCAUACAGGCCCAGACUAUCCCACAGGCCAUACAAGCCCACAAGGAUGUGGUGGGAGCAGCAGAAACAGGAAGUGGGAAAACCCUGGCUUUUGGGAUCCCAAUUUUACACAGGAUACUAGAGUGGAAGGAGAGAAACCUUCAAACAGAGGAGGGUGACCUUGGAAACAAGGAUGAGGAAGUAGUAGACGAUGCAGCUGAUGAUGAUGAUGACCAGGAGAUGGAAGUACCUGAUGAAGAGGACGACAAAGUUGAGGAGGAGGAGGAAGAUGAUGAAGAAGAGUUGGUCUUAGAUAAUGCAGGUUUGGGGUGUGUACAUGUGGAAGAUGACAUCACACUGCCUCCAGAGUUAGAGGCUCUACAGGAGGCCCCUCCCCUGUCAGCCCCCACCCCCCAGAAGGUAGUCUCCCCCCUCCUGGCACUGGUGCUCACCCCCACCCGGGAACUGGCUGUGCAGGUGGCCAAUCACAUCAAGGCUGCUGCCAAGUACACCAAUGUUAAGGUGGCUGUACUGGUUGGAGGCAUGGCGCCUCAGAAACAGAAGAGAGUGUUGGACAGACAGCCUGAGAUCAUUGUGGCAACUCCAGGUAGACUCUGGGAGAUGGUGGAACAGAGCCAUCCCCACCUGAGUGACCUGAACCAGCUGCAGUGCCUGGUGAUUGACGAGGCUGACAGGAUGGUGGAGAAGGGACACUUCGCAGAGCUGGGCAAUCUGCUGGACAAGAUCAAUGGGGAAGGCAGAAACCUUAGAAGGCAGACAUUUGUCUUCUCUGCCACACUUACCAUGGUGCACUCUGGGCCACAGAGGAAGAUAAUGAAGAAAAAGUUUAAGAUGGACAAAGAUAAGAAACUUGGUCAGCUGAUGGACAGAGUAGGCAUCAGGAGUAAACCCUUAGUGGUGGACCUGAGUCGACAGCAGGGGACGGUGGACACACUGACUGAGGCCAGGAUAACCUGUUCUACAGAGGAAAAGGAUAUCUACCUGUACUACUUCCUGCUGCAGUACCCGGGCAGGACGCUAGUCUUUGCCAACAGCAUUGACUGUAUCCGUAGGCUGACGUCUCUCCUGGGGUUGCUGCAGAAGAGCCCCCUACCUCUCCAUGCAAACAUGCACCAGAAACAGAGGCUGAAGAAUCUGGAGAGGUUCUCAGCCAAUGAGAAUGGUCUGCUCCUGGCGACUGAUGUGGCAGCUCGAGGGUUGGACAUCCCUGAUGUGCAGCAUGUCAUUCACUACCAGGUUCCUCGCACUUCAGAGACGUAUGUACACCGCAGUGGGCGUACUGCACGUGCCCAGAAGGAAGGGCUGACGCUCCUCCUGACUGGGCCGGAGGAUGCCCAGUACUACAAGAGGAUCUGUAAGACUCUCGGCAAAGACGAGGACCUGCCAGUGUUCCCCACGGAGCCCCAGCACCUGGCUGCAGUGAAGGCCAGGGUUGCAGCAGGGCGCAGGAUUGACGUGGAAGAACAUCGCUAUAUGAAGAAGAAACAUCACAAUGAUUGGUUCUUACAGCAGGCCAAAGAGAUGGACAUAGAGCUGGAUGAAGACGAGGUCCUACAUGACCUUGGAGACACACAGGAGCAGGAUAAGGUCCUUAGUGAGCUCAAGGACAUGAAAAAGAGCCUGAGUAAGAUGCUGAAGGCCCCAAUCUUUCCCAAAGGCUUCUCAGGGCUCUACCCCAUCCAGUAUGGUCAGCCCAACCUCCCAAGGCUUCCCAAUGCUGUAGCAGCCACCCUUGCAGUGAACAACAGUCGCAAGAAGAAACACAAACCUUAAGCUGGAGUAUUUUGGAUAGCAAAUUGCCUUUUUUACCUUUUCAGCAAUGUUAAUUAGACUCAAGUAUAUUCUCGCAGAUUGGAGUGUGAUGUUCUAAGAAGCAGAUGUUGGAAACAAAAGUAUCUAACUGAUCUACUUUCUGUAACAAUAUCAAGCUUGUGAUUUAAAUAAACUUCCUUUAUUCAGUGU